AGCGAUCCCUCCGUAAUGGCCCGGCCCGGCCCGCAGCGGGCAGUGGCCACAGGCCGUGUCCCGGUGGCGCGGGGGCCGCUGCCGGCUCGGGGCGGGGGCUACAGCAGGGCCGACGCAGGGCUCCCCGCACAUCACAGCGCUCCGCCCCGUCCUGAAAUGAUUGGUUCGGCGGCCUGUCAGUCCUCAGGACGCAGUCUCCCAUUGGGUGGUAUCUGCGGCGCUCGCGCUGUGCCCGCCCUCCGGCGUCCUUGGCGGCCGCUGAUAGGCGGCGGCGGGAGCGGUUCUCCCCACCCGCACCGCACCGCGUCGGUGCCUGGCAGCCAGAGGACCGGCCCCGCCGCCAUCGCCAUGGGCACCCGGGACGACGAGUACGACUAUCUCUUCAAAGUUGUGUUGAUUGGAGACUCUGGGGUAGGGAAGAGUAAUCUUCUGUCACGCUUCACUCGCAAUGAGUUCAAUCUUGAGAGUAAGAGCACCAUUGGGGUGGAAUUUGCCACCAGGAGCAUCCAAGUGGAUGGGAAGACGAUAAAAGCCCAGAUCUGGGACACUGCAGGGCAGGAACGAUAUCGUGCCAUAACCUCAGCCUAUUACCGUGGUGCUGUUGGGGCCCUCCUUGUCUAUGACAUUGCCAAACAUCUCACCUACGAGAAUGUCGAGCGCUGGUUAAAGGAGCUCCGGGAUCAUGCAGACAACAACAUUGUCAUCAUGCUGGUGGGAAAUAAAAGUGACCUGCGCCAUCUGAGAGCUGUGCCCACCGAUGAGGCCCGAGCUUUUGCAGAAAAAAAUAACUUAUCUUUUAUUGAAACUUCUGCCCUGGAUUCCACAAAUGUAGAAGAAGCCUUCAAGAACAUUCUCACAGAAAUCUACCGCAUCGUCUCACAGAAGCAGAUUGCAGAUCGAUCUGCACACGAUGAGUCUCCUGGCAACAAUGUAGUUGAUAUCAGUGUCCCGCCAACCACCGAUGGACAGAAAUCCAACAAACUCCAGUGCUGUCAGAACCUGUGACCUGUAGAUGCUGUCUGUGCCCCUCACAUCAUCUGUGCUUCAGUUAGAAACUUGUGUGGGCUUCUUUCAAAUAUUCUUGUGAUUCAAUAACUCCCUGUGUUCCUCUUCUCCACACCCCUCCCCAAACCCCAUCUUUCAUCUUAGAGCUUUAAUUAUAGGGCUAACAUUCUCCUGCCUCUGAAAUUCCCUUUUGAAUGUGAUGACUUUUGGGCUUGAAAUGUAGGCACUGAUCUGGUAGACAUAUUUGUUGUGGAACAUCUGCUGCUGGAUGUUAUCCUGUGAAGCGCUCUCCUCAAAUGUAUAUUUUUAUUUUUGUGUGGGAGAGGAGGCAUGGGGACUUGAUUAGAACGGCUGAAGAAAUAACUACAUUUAGGUUUUCAUUUUAUCUCGUAGUCAGACUUUUUCAAAGCCCCAUAUGUUUCUGUAAACAUGGGGGAGAAAUUAAAAGAAUAUAUCUAUUCUACCAAACAUUCUGUUUCUGUCCAGAUGAAGCAUCUCAGUGAGGUUUUUAGGGGCUGCACACACAAGUGGUGUUGGAAAAAACCUUACUUAUUAUGUAAUUCCCCUGAAUGCAGAGUUAGUCUGGCUGUGCAGUUUACUGUUUCCUGCCUGGGAAAUCUUCUCUUCUCUUAAUUUGUUUUAUUUGGGAUCAAUGAAGUAUGUCUGCAGUGCAUUAUUUGCCAUGAUGGAUGCCUGAUCAGCUCUGUGAGGCAGUAUGGAGUGGCUUAAUAUUUAUUCUUGGCUUUGUUAAUUAACAUUAAUGUACAGUAAGUGCCAGCAUAUUAAUUUUAAGAUCUUUUUGCAAGCUGUAGAACUAGGUUCAUUUUAUACUGUAGAUCAGUGUCUGGAGGAGAAAUCCUCUCUAGUCCCAGAAUUUUUUUGCAUGCUGCUUUCUCACUAGGUCUAUCCUUAAAUCCAUUUGAGUGAGAGUAAAGCAAUAUUUUCAUGUCAUGUACAUACCUGCACUUGAAAGGUUUUUUGGUUGUUGUAGAGAAACACAAUACUUUAUACAUUUUGUAAAACUUAUGCAGAACCGUAGCAUCUUGGAUUUUCUUUCCAUUAUCUGUCACUGUUGACCUUGUGCUUAAUUUUUUUUCUUGACCUCUACUAAACUGUAUAAAAUUCCACAUAAUACACAGUCCUGCUUCUUCACUCUUAGCCUGUUUUCUGAAUUGCAGGUUGUAACUUCCAAAUGACUGUAACUCACAUCCUAUGACUGAUUAUCUGUCAUCAGCAGGGCUAACAACUCUAAAACUUGUUGAAUGGGAAUAAUUUUAUCAAACCUUGUCAGUCGCUUGCAAGCUUGUGAAAAUCCUCAAUGGGGAAGGGUUCAGCAUCACCAGCUCUGAUACUGUUACGUCUUUGCAGUAACCAGUGUUGUGUUGAAAGAGAAUCCCAGGUGAAAUGAUCAAAAUGAGGUGUUGGGAGCACCAGCUGUUCUUGGGAGGCUAGCUAAAGCAACUUGCUUCCAAAUUCUGAGUCCAUGCCUCACUUGACAAAUCCUACCUUGCAUGUCAGUGAGUUGUUGAGUUUUUUAUGUUACAAAGUAAAUCGGAAACUACAUUGUGUGCUUGGGGUUUGGGGGGGGGGGGGGAGUUGACAUUCCAGUCUCAACUGUUUUGUAUCUGGUUAUGUAAUAAAAUUAAGGGCAGUUAACUCUGAUGGCUUUUCUUUAUAAGAUGUCCAGCCAAAUGCACUGAAUUUUACAAAUAGAAGGUCAGAGUUUUAAGCUAAGCAGUCACAUGGUCUCAGUACUUUAUAGUUUAACAUAAAUUCUUUAAACGUAACCUGUUUCCUAGCGCAGUCACUGCAGUCACUGGCAGGGUUCAUUUCGGGCUGUGGGAUUAUGCUCUAGGUGAGUGAGCUCCAUCUCGUGGUGAAGGUAUUUAUCCCUCCUGGGAAUUGCUGGUGCUGGCCCAGCAAACUCCCAGUGCUGGAAGCACUCUCAGCACAUGACACUGUCACUAAUAACCUUCUGAGAACAGGACUCCUAGCACGCCUGAACUGGAACCCUUCUGGUGUGUCUGAGCCAUUGUCUGACUUGCAGUUAGUAUUUGGAGGCUGGCGGGGGAAGCACAUCAUGCAUAAUAUAUUUAAAUAUUCUCACAAAGGUUUGAAAAUAUUCCAGGCAACCGCUCUUGGAGCUGGAUUCUCUCUCUCUCUUUUUUUUUUUUAAGAGCUCUAUCAACAGAACACUUUAUGUAAAGGAGUAGGGAGCAGUCCCUGAGAACUUUCGAUGGGAUGAGGAAGAAUUGUGCUGUUAAGAGGCCUUAGUUCAGGGUAAUCUACUAAUACUGUGAUUACCCUGCAAAGCCUUUGUUUCUAAAGAUGAACUUCACCUUCCUCUCCUCUUGUUAGUUGGUGAGGGUUUUUCUGGCUAGUUUGAGAAGGGUUGAGAGAAGCAGUAGGUGUCAUAAUUGCUUAAAUUCCUAGGCUCUGGAAUAGAAACAUUUUUACUCCUGGGAUUCGUGCAGAGCUCUAGGAUUUGGCUCAAAGCCCUAAUAAACCAUCCUUGUCCAGGGCUCAAGUACAGCCGACUGUCUUGCUUACUGAAGAGAUCCUGUGCUACUGCCACCAGACCUAAGAGGUCCUGGCAUAAUGAGCUGCUUAGUUGUGCUCUCCCCUGGUGAUAAAGUGGGACUACACUGCCCACGUCACAGCGCUGCCGCGGCCACGCUGUAACAUGGGCAGUGUAGACCUACCCUUAGUUUUCUGGCUGCACUCCAGCCCAUAUGUGACAUGAAGUUUUUGUCUGCAGUGGUUGGUUGCUUCGUUAGACUAGGUCUGGACUGUUUCCCAGAGCCUGUUCUGCAAUUGUUUGCAAAGUCAGCAGAGCACAAAACUCUUCCCUCUCCUGUGAGGAUGAGAUGAUUUUGCCAAGAUAUGCCAGAGGCCAUUAGCACUAGAAAAAGGGCACUUACUGUAGUCUUAAGUCUUAUUCACUCUUAAAUGUCUUCCCAUGCACAGAUAGGAAACCUUAAUGGGGUUACCUUGUAAUCUAAAAUACCUUGAUUCUUCCCCUAUGCCAAUCCCAUACGCUUCUGAAAUGUAGUGUGAUGAGAGAGCACUACAGGUGCCUGCUGUUGGAGUCCACGCAGAGGGGAGCUGGACAAAGGAAUUCAAAGGAAGCUUUCUGAUAGUCAGACCCGGAGUAGCCAGAACAAACCUUCCAAUAAGCUGUGCAGUAGUGUGCACUUUCUUGACCUGAAAAAAUUGAGCUCAUCUUAGCUGCAGCAUAAUUUCAUAGGAGUCCCUGGCAUAACCUCAUUAGCUCCAUAUCCCAAAGUUGUAGUGCAAGGAAAAACAAGAAGGGGUACACUUCUGCCCUUAAUCACUUGUCUCCAAUGGGGGAAUUUGCAUGUCACUGAAAGCAAAAUUUGUCUCCUAAAUUAAAACUUUUUUUUUACAGAAAGCUGUCUGCUCAAGGAAGCAAACCGGUUCUGUGGGAGUUAAAGUUAAAUCUUCACAAAGCUUGUUCCCCAAGCCCCUGCUUCACCCAGACAUUGCGAACAGUGUUAGCUUUCUAAAGUUAAUUAAAGCUAACUUUAAAAAUGUCUUCCACCAUCUGGUGUGGAUGGUCUGGUCGUUGUCUCCAUUUUGAAGCUCCCUGCUGACUUUAAAUUUAUUUCUGCCUUGGAUGGGGCCAUGAUAGCAGCAUGUUUUACUAGUUAAAUAACUAGCUAAUCACUGUCUAUUGAAGCUGUUUUGGAGAGGAGGCAAAAGACCAAAACUGACAAACAUUGGGUGUUCGUUACUGAACACAUGCACAGCAGAACCUCAUUACAUUGGCUCAUCCUAUUCUGAGCAGGGGUCUCUAUUGUUAAAUCUCAGUCGUUUCUGUCUCAGAUGGGGAAGUCUCAGUAACUGCCUACAUGACUGAGUUCAGUGAAAGAUAUUCAGCCUGUCUUUCUGGAGUUCACCUCUGAUGUGCAAAGCAAGCAAGUGUGGUCCAGUGGAAAGUUUAAAUCACUAAAAUUGUUAUUGCAAAACUUCACAAUGGCUGUCUGCUAUAAUUGUUGAAUCCCUUUGUUAAAAGGACUCUGCAAACACUUCUACAGCAGACACACAAAGGGGGAAAGGAAUAUGAUUUCCUCUUUCCUCCCCCCACAGCUCAUCAGAGCUAUAUCAGGGGCACCACGUAUAGUCAGCUCCCUCUACAGAACCCCCAGCCUGUGGGAAAAGACUGAGUAUAUUUGUCCAUUUUAAAAAAAGAUCAAAGUGGAAAAUGCAUAUGAAUCAAGAGAGAUCUUCACACUGCAAGACAACUGCCCUUUCAACUGGAAUUGUUAGGCUGCCAUCUUGAUUUUGAGGACAGGUCUGUGCCUUUGCUAUUUGAACCGGUCACUCAUUGAAAGAAGCCAACUUGCUUUGAGAAUCUGCUUCUCUGUUUGGCCGGUAAUAUUUUGAUUUGUGGGCUAGCCCUGUGGGCACAGAAUGCUGUCAUGGCCUUGAUCUGUCAGUGGUGUGAAAGUGUGUCCGUCUGCUCUCUGUGAUAGGAGAGUCUCCAUUCCGAGCAUAAAGGAAGAAUACUUUCCUUAGACAUUUUGAUCUCAGUAGAAAAAUACAGACCUAAUUCAGUGUUUCAUAGGCACCUACUGAGGCCUUUUUCCCCCCUUCCUAACAAUAAAGGAACCUACACUAAGGACCUGCUCUUUUUAAAGAGGCAAUUUGGAGUGAAGGCUGAAAUUGUCCUGAACUGAUCUACAGCCCGUUAGGGCUGAGCUUGGACUCUCAUGGUUUCUAGAAGAGAUCCUUAACAGGACUGUAAUGUAGAAUUUUGUAGUUCAGAAUGUUGAGCAGUGGGGUAUUUCUAGAAAAAUAUUGUGAUGUCCAAGGCUGCUUCAUUAGUUAUUUACACUAUCCUCUUCUUUUUGGUAGAGUGUAGUCGAUCCGGCUUUGUGGGCUGUAACACUGGACCUUUAUGCAACUGAGAAGAGGUUCCUUUCACUUACUUUUACUCAUGGUUAAUGUGUUCAGUUAAGUGCAAUUCACUUUGUAAAUAUAUAUAUGCAUCACUUGAUUUUUGUGCAUGAUUAUGUAUUGUGGAUAUAAAGAUUGCCAAACCAAA